AUGUGCACAUCUGCUUUGUGGCUCCUGUGUGUUAGCUUGCUGUUCAGCACCUCUCUGAGCUGCUAUCAGUGCUUUGUUGAUGUGGAAGACAGUCUUCGCCUGUGCUGGGGUCACAUUCUGACUGAACACAAUAUUAGAAAUGUUGAUGCCUGCUUCAGGAAGCUGGACCGCAUAUUCAACAACAAUGAGAAAGUGAUUGAAGCUGGCAGAGUGGGUAAAGGGUACGACAAACAGCUGAAGGAACUUUUGGACGCAGAGAUCCUUCCCAUGGUAGAAGAAUUCGACAAAAGGCUGAAUGACGACACAGUGUAUGAGGAAAGGUUGCAGACAGCGGCAGACAAUUUCAUCGCAGCUGCCUCCAAACUGCCUAGAGUCUCUGGAUGUCUCCCUCCAUGUGGUUUUCAGAGUGCAGGUGCAGAAUACAACUGCAUUACCUGCCAGUACGACUCCUGUGAAUUUCCUCUCGACUGUCCAGUUAAAGAAAUUAAAGUAAUGGAGAACAGCAGGCGCCAAAUGUGGUGCAAUGUGCCAUUUCACCUACCAGACGACAUCGAGGUAAUCUGGAGGUUUGCAGAAGAGGUAAAAACCCAGGAGGUGGAUCAGUUUAAAGAAGUGACUGCAGGGGUGGACAGGCUCUAUUCUAUCCCUUCAGCCAGACUGCAGCAUCAUGGCACCUACCUGUGUGAGAUCUACUCUGGCCAACGGUCCAUUGUGAGACUGUACUACUAUCUCACAGUGACCCCCCAGGUUGUGGUAGGCCACACAGAGCUGCAGGAGAUAUUCGACCUGUCUCUGCUCCCAGGAGGGCGUUUACUCCCUGCGCCGGGUGGUCCUACCCUCUUCCCCCUCCUCCCUUCGCCACUGCUUCUCACAGCCUGUUUAACUGCUCUGCUGCUGCUGCUAUUCCUCUCCCUAGGGGUUCUGUACUGGUCAUUAGUACCAGAAGAAACAAGUCUUUCUAAACAAGCAGAUGGAAAUGAAGAUUUAGGACUCUGAGGGCUAGAAAGCUACAUUUGGCACAAUAAAGGCAUUUCAACAAGCC